AAUCCUGUUAGCGCCACGUCCUCACAAGUGGAGACAUUGCAGAAGGUGUGAGAGACAAGACCAACAACAACAACACCAGCCACACUUGAACUAAGCAUCCAACAUGAAUAUUUUCAGGCUCAUUGGAGAUAUGUCACAUUUGUUGGCAAUCAUUAUAUUGCUGCUGAAAAUAUGGAAGACAAGAUCUUGUGCAGGUAUAUCUGGCAAAAGCCAAGUGUUGUUUGCUUUGGUCUUCACAACUCGUUACUUAGAUCUGUUCACAUCCUUCAUAUCUUUCUAUAAUACAAUAAUGAAGGCAUUCUUCAUUGCUUCCUCCUAUUUCACUGUCUUCCUCAUCUACUACAAGUUUAAGGCAACCUAUGACAGCAACCAUGACACGUUUCGAGCAGAGUUUUUGGUCGUCCCUGUUGGUGGCCUUUCCGUUUUGGUCAACUCUGAAUUCACUCUAUUAGAGAUUUUGUGGACCUUCUCUAUUUACUUGGAAUCUGUAGCAAUUUUGCCUCAGUUGUUCAUGGUGAGCAAGACUGGCGAAGCUGAGAGUAUUACCAGCCACUACCUGUUUGCUCUGGGAAGCUAUCGCUUCCUGUACAUCCUAAACUGGAUUUAUCGUUACUACUUCGAGGGAUUCUUUGAUCUCAUUGCUGUUGUUUCUGGAUGUGUGCAGACUAUACUUUACUGUGACUUCUUCUAUCUAUAUAUCACAAAAGUUUUACGAGGCAAAAAGAUUACUCUACCAGCAUGAGUGAAGAGGCUACGAGUUUGCCUGAGGCAUGAGAAGGCUGCAAGUGUGCUGCUACUACUUCUACUACUACUACUACUACUACUACUCCUCUGAUGGGUUGGAAGAAGUUGUUUGUUACUGGUAUCUAUGGCUGGCUUUCACAUAAAACACUGUGGUAAUUCAUCAUUCUCUUCCUCAUUGAUUUCACCUUACCAAGCAGUGAAAAAUCCUCAUUAAAGCUUUUAACAAAAUCCCUUCUCUGGUUUCAUCACAAACCUCUUCCUUUCCUUCCUGCCAUCUCUUUUAUUUUAGGGUUACAUUGCUCAACCUGUUUACUCCCUUCUUUCCUUCUUAGGUUGUUAGUCACCUUGUCUCAGUGUACUUUACUUAAACCUAACAACCAAUGAUAGAACCACACAACAAACCUCUUUCACUUGACUUCUCUCUCUCUCUCUCUCUCAUAUGAUUCCUCCAGCACUGCAACCUCCUUAGACCACAGCAGUGUUGGAACCAAUCUUUCAAAAGACAUUUCUAUGAGAUUGUGGUUGUAAACAAAUGAUACAACAAAAAAGAAAAAAAAAGGAAAAGAGUUUCAAAUGUAUAAUAAUUGAAAUAUCACGUUUUUUUCUUGAUAUCUCUUGAGUUACGUUAUUAUUCCUUCAUUUCUUAUCUCUUGCCUUUGUUUUAGUCUUUUGUUUUUUUUUGUUUCCAAAGCUUAAACUCUAUUCUAUUCUUUAUUAAACUGUUAUUUCAAUCUCGUGGACUGUUGUUUUAAGUUAAAAUCCACACAGAUGAAUCAUUAAACAUUUUUUUACACAUAUACAUAAGCACGCACAUACACACACACUCACACACACAUACACACUCACACACACUCACUCUCACACACACACACACACACACACUAUGAAAGUCACUAUACAUCCUGGUACUUUGUUUCCAACUAGUUAGUCAUUAUGUUCAUAGAAAUUCACUGGAACUUUGCUGGAAGAGUACGACAGCAACAGUACUAUUCCCAUUUUUCACUUUAAAUGACUGUGAAGGAAGAAAUUCAUGUAAAACUUUAGCUUCUGACAGUCUCAGCCAUUAUUGUAUGCCUACUGAUUUUCUGAAAAUUCUUUUUCCAUGUGAAUAAAUCAUAUUUCAUUGUA